AUGUCAGACGGAAACAACGAAGCUACUGGAACAGUUACUACAGUUGUUGCAGUGGUAGUGAUAGGUCUCCUGAUUUAUAGUUGCUGCAGAUGUCGUACUAAGACGAAUGAAGGUAAAACAAUGAAAGCACCAGGGCAGGAUUUUCGCAUACCAAGGGAAGAAUUUGUCGAAAAUCCUUCUGGCUAUUUCAGGAACUUGCGCAAGAAGAAUGGUUGGAGAAGUGGACCAAAUAGGAAUUUGGUUGUUGUAAUUAAACAUGGUUUGAAUACUGUAGUGAAAAUGGUUGGACACAAUGAUUAG